AUGGCGGAGGCCCAGGUGCCGCUCGCCUACCGCGACCAGUGCGCUCACCUCCUCAUCCCGCUCAACAAGUGCCGCGUCGCUGAGUUCUACCUCCCCUGGAAGUGCGACCCCGAGCGCCACGCCUACGAGAAGUGCGAGUACGAGCUCGUCAUGGAGCUGAUGCUCAAGAUGCAGAAGAUCCGCGAGGCGCAGGAGGCCAAGGUCAAGGGCGGCGCCUCCAUUGGCCUCAUCCUGCCACCGCAAAGCUCGCCUGAUGCGGCCCCGGCCCGAUCCGUUUGA